AACCAUCGCCAUGGAUUCCACCACCCAAUCCAAACCUCCAUGGCCGGAGCUCCUUGGAAGCAACAACUGGAAAGACCUUCUCGACCCUUUCGACAUCAACCUCCGUAACCUCAUCCUCCGAUGCGGAGACUUCUGUCAAGCCACCUACGAUGCUUUCAACAACGACAAAAACUCCAAGUUCGCCGGCAGCAGUCGCUACGGCAAACAAUCGUUCUUCCACAAAGUAAUGCUACAAUCAGCUUCCGAUUACCAAAUCGCCACCUUCCUCUACGCCACCGCAAAAGUCACCGUCCCUGAAGCCUUCUUCCUCCAUUCCCUCUCUCGUGAAGCAUGGGAUCGAGAAUCAAACUGGAUCGGAUACAUUGCAACUACCACCGAUGAGGUUAGUAAAUCAUUAGGUCGGCGUGAGAUCUACGUAGUGUGGAGAGGAACUAGCAGAGGUUACGAAUGGAUUAAUGUUUUAGGAGCUAAAAGCGAGUCUGCUGAACCAAUUUUACGCCAGAAAAAAUGGAGAACAACGGCGACGGCGACCGGCGAUCUCAGUAGCAGUAGCAGCGAUAGUGAUGAAGAUGAAGGGAUACCAAAAGUUAUGAAGGGUUGGCUAUCGGUUUACAUUUCAGAAGAUCCAAAUUCAUCUUUCACAAAACUAAGCGCAAGAACACAAUUGAUGAAAAAUAUCAAACAGUUGGUGAGCAAGUACGAAAACGAAGAAAUCAGCAUCAUAAUCACCGGCCACAGCCUCGGUGCAAGUUUAGCGAUCUUAUCAGCCUUCGAUCUAGCAGAAAACGGGAUCACAAACAUUCCAAUUUCAGCAUUCGUGUUCGGAUCGCCACAGGUAGGAAACAAAGCAUUCAACGAUCGUCUCAACCAAUUCUCGAACGUCAAAAUCCUUCACAUUAAGAACAAAAUCGACGUGAUUCCGCUUUACCCUAGCGGAUUACUAGGUUACGUGGAUUCAGGUGUGUUGUUCGAGAUCGAUACACGGAAGUCCGGGAGCUUGAAGAAAUCGACGAACACCGGCGAUUGGCAUAACCUGCAGGGGAUGUUGCAUGUGGUGGCGGGAUGGAAUGGAGUUGAUGGUGAGUUUGAAUUGAAGGUGGAGAGAAGCUUGGCGUUGGUGAAUAAAUCGAGCGAGUUUUUGAAAGAUGAGUUGUUGAUUCCAGGUUCAUGGUGGAUCGAGAAGAACAAAGGAAUGAUUAUGGAUGAAAAUGGAGGUUGGGUUUUGGAACCACCUGCUGAAGAAGACGUUCCUGUUCCUGAGAAUCUUAUAGAAUAAAUCUCGAUGAUUUUUCUGGAAACAGUUGUUGUAUCCUUUAAUUAAACGUUAAUAUAUUUAUAUGCAUUUUUAGUUUUCAGUAUAUUUGGUGGGUAUUUUCUAAUAAAUCUCGUCGGUUAAUAUUUUA